AUGCUCGAGCGCGUGUGUCAGUCAGUCAGUGAGCGCUAGAGGAGGCAGCAGUGGCGCAUCUCACAUAACCGCCGCUGGAAUAUAACGGCCGCUUAGGAUGUGAGCGAUUUUCGGCCUCGCCACCGGCCAAAGCCUUCGUUUUUCCAUGACAAACGGAUGCGAACAGAGACAGCGCGCGCGUGAGGGCGUACGGUACAGAGAAGCGGACAGAUAAUCGGUAUUAUUAUGAGAAAAGAGGACGGUGUAGUCGGAGCCGUAUUUGUUUUGCUAGCGGAGAUGAGGCGGGGGGUAGCGAGUCGCUACAAAAUCGUUGGGCUCCGGCCAAGCAUUGCUCUGUUUUUGCACGUAUAAACCGCCGAGCUCGCGUUUCCAUCGAACAUAGACGCUUUUGAACGUUACGGCUUGCAUCACAUCAAAAUAAUGCAGCUGUCUCGAGGACAUCUGUGAGAUUUGCGGGACUGCUGUUGCCGCUGCCAUGACAGACGCAGGCUUUACGGCUCAACCGGCUACCGUGCAGGCGGUGUGAGAGAAGCGCGGCCCCAGCUGCAGCAGCACGGCCGAUGUGGGCUGCCUUUACCGGGGGAGCUUAAAUUUGUAAAUAUUUAUUCACGCUAUUCGUCGCUAAUCGUUUGCAAUCUCAGGGAAAAUGUCCUCUCGGUCUGCUUUACCGUCUGCGAACGACCGGAGCACAGAUCAUCAUGCGUCCCUGGUGGCGAGUCGCUCUGAAAAGGGGACGAAUGUGUCAAGUCGUUCACUGGGUGCAAGGUGUCGUAACUCCAUGGCCUCUUGCUCAGACGAGCUGCCGCAUAUUGGAAACUAUCGGCUCCUUAAAACCAUCGGCAAGGGAAACUUUGCUAAAGUCAAAUUAGCCCGCCACAUCCUCACAGGCAAAGAGGUUGCAAUAAAGAUUAUUGACAAAACUCAGUUGAACCCAACCAGCCUACAAAAGCUGUUCAGAGAGGUGCGGAUUAUGAAGACCCUCCACCACCCCAACAUAGUGCAACUCUUCGAGGUUAUUGAAACUGAGAAGACGCUUUAUCUUGUGAUGGAAUAUGCAAGUGGAGGUGAGGUGUUUGAUUACCUGGUGUCUCAUGGGAGAAUGAAGGAGAUUGAGGCUAGAGCCAAAUUCAGACAGAUUGUGUCAGCUGUUCAUUACUGUCACCAGAAGAAUAUAGUUCACAGAGAUCUGAAGGCUGAAAAUUUGCUGCUGGAUGCAGAUUCUAAUAUAAAGAUUGCAGACUUUGGCUUUAGUAAUGAGUUUACACUGGGGAAUAAGUUGGACACGUUCUGCGGUUCCCCGCCUUACGCAGCUCCAGAGCUCUUUCAAGGCAAGAAGUAUGAUGGGCCAGAGGUGGACAUCUGGAGUCUGGGGGUCAUCCUCUACACACUGGUCAGCGGUUCUCUUCCUUUUGAUGGACAGAACCUCAAGGAGCUGCGUGAGCGCGUGUUGAGGGGAAAGUAUCGUGUGCCCUUCUACAUGUCCACAGACUGUGAGGGGAUCCUGCGCAGAUUUCUUGUGCUAAAUCCCUCCAAACGUUGCACUCUAGAGCAAGUGAUGAAGGACAAGUGGAUGAAUACAGGGUAUGAGGGUGAGGACCUAAAGCCCCACAUUGAGCCAGUGGAGGACUACAGUGACGCCAACCGCAUUGAGAUUAUGGUCGGCAUGGGUUUUACCACAGAAGAGAUUAAAGAUUCUUUACUCAAUCAGAAAUAUAAUGAAGUCACGGCUACAUAUCUGUUGUUGGGCCUAAAGACAGAGGAUGCCCCUGAGUCCCGAGUUAGUGGCAGUAUGACGUUGCCACGGGCGCGUCCGAGCCCAAUUACCAACGGAACCAACAAACACUCCUCUUCUUCAUCAUCUUCCUCAUCCUCACACAGCAAGACUCAGCGCAGUGCCUCUACCUACCAUCGCCAGAGACGGCACAGUGACUUCUGUGGUCCCAGCAUGCCUGUGAUGCACCCUAAGCGCAGCCCGACCAGCGGCGGAGAUCGUGAGCUACGCGAGAGCCGCAUGCCACCGCGGAAGGCCAGCUGCAGCGUAAUGGGCAGUCGGACCCUCCCUCCAUCCAGCCCGAUGGUCAGCACCGCUAACAACCCCAACAAGGCGGAGAUACCUGACCGGCGCAAAGAGAUGACAGCCACCACCAAUAAUAUCCCAGGAAGUACUAUGACCCGCAGGAACACUUACGUAUGUACAGAUCGUUCCAGCACUGACCGCCACUCUCUGCUGCAGAACGGCAAAGACAACAGCUCUCUGUCUCAUCGCCUCCCCCCCACCUCUCCCUCCACCCUCAGUAUUGUCGGAGCAGGCGCUUCCUCCUCUUCCUCAGGCGAGCGCUGUCGACUGACACGUGGAUCCACCAUCCGGAGCACCUUCCAUGGGGGUCAGCUCCGUGACCGCGUGCCGCCCACCUAUGGACCUCCACCCACAUCGCCCACCCUCAGCCAUGACGCUGGAGCCUUGCCGCCCAACACCCGCAGCCGUGCCACUUCUAACCUGUUCACCAAGCUCACCUCCAAACUCACACGCCGGGUCGCAAAUGAAUCUGAGGGAGUCUGCAGAUCUUCGGUCACAAGUGGCAAUUUAUCUGGGGAUCAGAAAGCGUCCGAGCCCUGGGGCGGGGGAGGGGGGUGGGAUGUAAAGAGUCAUCUCUCCCGUCCCCCCCGGGCCCCCGCAGAAGUGAUACUGGCCUUGCGUGAGGCAGCAAGGGGGUGUGGCUGCCAGGUCCGGCACGCUGGCCCGUUUCUGCUGUGCUGCAGUCAUGGGGCAGCAGGGUCGAAGGUCGCCUUCCAAGCUGAGGUGUGCCAACUGAGUAUGGGUCCCGCAGAGGCUAACGGAGUACGCUACACACGCUUGUGGGGGGCCCCCCUCGCCUUCAGGCACAUCGCAUCGCAGAUCUCUAAAGAGGUGGAACUCUGAGGGGAUGGGGGAGGAAAUUUGUCUCGGAUACGACCCCUCACUACCGAAGUGACUUUGACCUGACCACCUAUGUGUUAUAGACUUAAAACAACAUUUGCUCCCUCGUCCAGUCAACAUACUGCAUACACCGAAACUUUAAACACACACACAUUUACAUGAGCAAACGCAGUCACUUUAAAGACACGGGACACUGACGUCUAAAAAACAAAAACAAGCACACCCCGUUUCAUGCGCAACAUGAAACACGAGCGCUUCUGAACACACACACACACUCCGAGCAGCCUCAUUCACUGGAUCUGGAUUGAAUCCAGUUUAGUAUUUUUAUUCUCAUUGUAGUCAUGAAAUUCUUACUUCAAUAAUUGAUGUCAUUCUUUUUUUAAACACUUUUGUAUGUUUUCAACAAGUCUCGUCAUUUUAAACGGGUCAUCGUUUUUUAUGUUUUUGUGAUUAACGUGUCGUACAUUUGUUAAUACACAGUUCAUAAACUUACUGAAUCAUUGAAAACGUAGAACUGUAGCUGCCAAUGAACUAUAUGCACAAAUAUGAAGUUGGCAAACACAUCAUAACGUCAUCAUAGCUCACGGUGCCCACCCAAAUCAAAAUCAGACUCGCUGGUGUCCACAAAUCUGAUGAGGCUAUAAGCCAAUCCAUCACAGACUCGUAGUGGAACACGCUACACUUUGUUCAUGAGAUCGCAAAAUUUUCUUCCCUAGGAAACGUGUUUUCUGAAGUAUAGUGCCAGUUUACUUAUCACCUUCAAAUGAUUUAUUAUCCAGAUAUAGAAGAGACAUUGAUGCCAACUGACUUGACUCUGACCCUUCUUACACUGGCUUUGUGAUUGGUUGAUAGCUCUUUACUUGUUGGAUUUUAAUUUUUGUUUUGACACUUUUUGGAUUACGAAUAUUCCAUGAUCCUGUACCAUAUUAGAGUUGCCCGAUCAGAGUUGAGGUUACAGCAUGUGUGAUUGUGUAAAGUCAGAUCGAUUCGGCUCUAAGGAAUCACUGUUCGUGAAGACACAAGCAUUGUGGAUAUCUGAAUAGAACUUUCCCAAACAUGAUUUAAUUACCAAAUCUAAAUUAGAAUUUCUAUUGUGUGUAUACAUAACACCUACAGAAAUAAUAGAAGCAAAUAUAUUUUCAAAGUACAUGAAAUAUUACAAAUGCACCAGAUAUCUACAAUGCAGGAGACUUUCAUGCAGGAGUGCAGGGAAAGGUUUAGUGCUCUUACUGCUGAAUAGGUUUUGUAGGGGCAAAUGCACCAACAGGGCUUGUAAAAGAGCUGUAUUGUAUGUGGCAAGACAGUGUUUCUUUAGUUUGGCAUCCACGUAGAAGCAUUUCAGUAGCCAUGCCAAGUCCUAACAAUGCUGUGUAACACCCUACAGGUGCCCAUAAGUCUAUAAGCAGUUUUUCUGGUCUAAAAAAAUAUCCGUGGACUGGCCAUCGUAGCCAUCUGUGAAUCUGUUUCUCUUAUAGAUUUGUAGUGAUUGAACAGAAGGUAUAUGCUGCUAUGGACCAAUCCCUUAUAAACUUAAAAAAGCCUCUGCCUUUGUUUUUGAGCAAAACUAGUUAUUAGUGCUUUGCAUUAGUAAAAGAUUUUACUAUUGAGUGGAUCAAAAAUGUGAUUAUUAGUGAUGGUAAUGGUGCAAUAGCAAUAAAUGUUAUACGUUAUAUGAUGUUAUAUGUUGAAAGUUGUUUUUAUAUUAUGCCGUGCUUAGGCCCUGUUGGUGCUGCCAGAGAUAUUUAAUAUAAGGGGGUAUGUGAGACGCAGAUUUUCAAUCAGGGUGUGGACAGCAAUGUCAUACAGAUUUCAGGUUGAAUACAUUCAGGUUGUGGUGUGUUAGAGACGCUUUGGUUGAGGUAUUAUGACAUUUUACAUAAAUACAGAAGGAUUCAUUUCUAUUUCCUCCAUGCUCAUAAAAGGGUUUCGAUUUGGCCCGAUAUGCUAGUUUGUGUUGCAGAGUUGGUUGUUGAUUUUGUGGUUGUCGUUUGCAUCCAGUACAUCAAAGGCCGAUCUACAAUUUCACACUUGAAAGUUACUUGACUUUAAACUUUUGACUUAUGCCACUUAGCAACUCAAAUGCCAUUGAAUUCUCUUACAGAUCCACUUUUUAUGUUGUCUCAUUCACUUAUUCUCUGCCUUUGUGCUGCACAUUUGGAAAGACCCCGGUUCCUCCUCGUCCAGUUGUUGAAUCAAUGGAACCCCUUGUGUCAUUGUUCUGUCCGCUCUGGACUCCUGUCACGGAGAGACUUCUGUUUCGAACUGAGCAGUGUAAUAAGUCCUGGACCAAUCUGACUCGGUCUGGUUUAGACUGGACUGCUGAGAUCUGUAUCUGUUAGAUGUCCGUUAAGACCCUCUGUGCACUCAUGUUGACUUGAAUCAGCUGCAUCCUACAGCUUUGUGGGUAGUACCCAUAUUUGGCCACCGGAAGGCGCCAAUGUCUUAAAUGUGAACACUUGGAUUUGUGUAUAUUUGCACAGGUACUUAAUUUAUUUUCUAGAGUAAUUAUCUUGGGAGAAAAAAAAGUGGUUUAUAUCAGUCAGACUCUGACUGUAUAUAAAGAUUAUGAUACUGAUGAUCAUAUUGUGAGUAUAGUAUAAACAGUAUCUUAGAACUCCAGGUUAACUCAUAGCUAGAGCAGAGACUCUCUGCUAGCUCUUCAGACGUUUCUAUGUGUACUGAAGUGAAACACUAACCUGCAAUCCUGCAUGAUUCAGAGAAAGGAUGGAAGAUGGAGAAAAGAUACACAUGAAAUAACGCAAGGUGCAGAAGAAUUACGGGGAGGGAGGGAGGGAGGGAGAGAGAGAGAGAGAGCGAGCAAGCGUGUUUGCUAGUAUGUGUACGUGUGUGCAUGUAUGUGUGAAUAUUAUAACCCUGUUCUGUCCCUCCCCUUCUCUCUCUCGUUUGUGUGUGAGAAUUAAGGCAGACCUUUGCUUUGGCAGCCAUACUUGACCUGGAGUGAAAGCGUGUUGGUAUGAAUGAGCUUUAUAUGUUAAAGGGAAUAUUAUGGAUAGUGAAAGAGUUUUGAAUCGGUGUGUUGAGCGUGUUCUGUCUGAAUGGUAAAAUCUCUCCAGUUCAGUGUUGUGCUAUCUGUCAUGUGAAUUGUCUGCUAUGAUGUUGGAUUUCUCAUGAUGCAUUUAGCUAAAAUGCAAUAUGACAGAAAGAAAUCAGGUGGACAAACCGUGUACAUGAGAGAGAGAUUCAAUACUGUUGUUUGCAGAAAGUGAUUUUUUCGCCAGAGGUAUUUGAACUUCUGGACAAAUAUUAAAAUGGAAACAAAAGAUCUUGAGAGAAAUAAACUUCACUGAUGUUG